AUGGAGGAGCAGGGUCGCAAUCACAUGCUGGCCGCCGAACGCCCGCCGCUGACACAACAAUCUGCACCACCGAGAGCGGACACCGGGCCGCACGGGGCCGCAAUGCAGCAACCCACCGGCCCAACGGGGUUGCCCGCAGAUGCAUCAAUAUCAAACCCAUUGUUGCUCUCCCCCGGCCAUGACGACGAGCCCAGCACGCGGGGCGACUACUCGGCCCAGCGAAGUGCGCCGGCGUCGCUGCAACUCCCCCCUCUCGCCCUCUCCUUCCCGGCCGACUCAACCACCGAACUCCCUCCUAUCCAGCCGUCGCGAGAGCUAUCCGCAGGUCCUUCGGCCCACACCCUGCCGCCGCUCUCCUCCGUGACGGGCGCCCACGGCCAUGCGCCGCUCCCAAAGCCACCAGACCCAGCACAUUCCCCCCCUCAGCAGCCCGGUCCGACGAACCACUGGCCCAGCCUCAACCCUUUUACGACAUAUUACAAACCGAGCUACCUCGACCCGGUAGAGUCACCGCCGAGUAUGUCGUCGGAUAUGGGCGCUAGCCGUAGCGUGAGCCUGGAUGACCCCGACGUCAGGAUUGCCGCCGAGGCACUGGGCCAAAUGAGAACGGAGUGUGCCUCGCCCCGCAAAACAUCUAGAGACUACAAGACCGCGAGUCCCUCACCACACAGGAACGGUGACAGGGGUGCUGAACCACUGCUAUCGCUCAUCACAACGUCCUACCCGCUGCUGGGUACGACCAUCGAGGGCGCCGCUUCUGCUUACAACAGUGGCAAGAAUUACUCGCCCCACCUCAAGUCCGGUGCCGAGUAUGUCGAAAAUCUGGUCAAGCCGGCGGUGGAAACGAUGGGUCGGAAAACAGGCGUGGAGGGGGGUAUGAGGUGGCUCUUUUCGAUGCGGGGCCGGAAACAGCGUUCGUCCACGGACAUUGAGACGGACGGGCGCGGGAACAGCAAGCGCCGCCGGUCCGACAGGCACGACAAGGGAAAGGAAGCCGCGCGCUCGAUACCGAACGAUUUCGGCUUCGAUGGCGAGGACCGGCGCAUGUCAGUCAGCACCGUCGACACGCUGCCGGCCUAUGACGACCAGAAAUCGCCCGCGUACACCGAAGCUGCCGACGACCAAACGCCGUCACCCCCGGGUUCUUCCCAACAAUGGGGCCAGCGGUUCGUCGUCACCACCUCCGGGCUGGGGGUCGCCAUGAAACAGGAGAGCAUGAAGAGCCUAAAGUACUGCCUCGGCGUGGUGAAGGACACAAACGGGUACCUCAGCGACAUCCUCGUCAAGCUCAAGAGCGUCAUUGCCGAGUACGACCUCGUAUCCCAAGCCAACAGCGGCGAACACAACACAGCAGACGGCGCCCGUCCAACCCCGGCCACAGCAGAAGACCGCAGCCGGCUGAUCCAGCGCAUGAACGAACUGCGCGACGACCUCUUCCGCGUCAUCCACCGCUCGGUACAAACCGUAUCCAAAUACACGGGCGGCGCGCUCCCCGAGAACGCGCGGAACCUCGUGCACAGCCAGCUGAUGAGCCUGCCGGGCCGGUACCAGUUCCACUACAUGCGGGAGUCGGCGGAGGGGCGGCGCGGCGACGACGCCGGGCCCGGCGCCCGCACCCGCGCCAGCGCCCACCUCGCCCUGCUCUUCGCCAAGGAGGCGCUCCAGAUGAUGACCCAGGUGGGGGAGGUCCUCAACAGGACGCUCGUCAGUGCAGAGCAGUGGUGUGAGACGCUGUACAAGGAGAAGAAUGACCAGGCGGUGGUGGUGGUGCCGAAUGGUGCCGAUCGGUCUACGGGGGGUGUGCAGGCUGCUGGUGGUGGUGCGCAACAGGAUGUUGACAUGUCCGGUUAG